AUGACGGGUCGCGGUAAAGGCGGGAAAGGCUUGGGGAAGGGAGGCACUCGGUCUUCGCGUGCCGGCCUUCACUUCCCCGUGGGCAGGAUACACAAGAUCCUCAGAAACGGCAACUACGCUCCCAGGAUCGGUUCCGGAGCCCCGAUAUACCUCGCAGCGGCUCUGGAAUACCUCGCCGCCGAAAUCCUGGAGCUCGCGGCGGACGCGGCAAAAGAAAUGAAAAAGACCAGAGUCAUACCGCGGCAUAUCCUGUUCGCCAUUAAAAACGACGAGGAAUUAAGCAGGAUGAUGACCGGAGUGACUAUAUCGCAGGGCGGAGUCCUACCGGCCAUCCAGCCCGUGCUGCUACCUAAGAAAACCACUAAACACUAA